AUGGACGUGGCAACGUUUGGGUCGACUUGUUCUCCAGCGUCUGCCCAAUACGUGAAGAACCAAAACGCCAAAGAACUGUCCAAUAAAUUCCCCCGUGCUGCCGAAGCCAUAAUCCACAAGCACUAUGUGGACGAUUAUCUCGAUAGUUUCCGUACCGUCCAAGAAGCAAUAGAGGUAGUGAACGAGGUCAAAACAGUGCAUUCGAGAGGAGGUUUCAAGAUGCGACACUUCUUGUCCAAUAAGGUAGAGGUCCUACGUGGUAUCGGCGAAGUUGCAGACGCAGAAAGCAAGAACCUGUCGUUGGAAAGAGCUGGGAUUGUUGAAUCGGUACUUGGAAUGAAAUGGCUACCAGGAGACGACGUUUUCACCUACUCCUUCGUUAUGAGAGACGAUCUCAAGCGGAUUUUGGAGGUGGACCAUGUUUCAACGAAACGCGAAGUUGUUAAAGUGGUGAUGACAUUUGUGGUACCUCGCGAAGGGGCGUUCUCAUGUGCUGCUUGCUUUACCUUGCUUACCGUCCUCUCGUGGAUUUGUUCUGAGCAUCGCCGGUACAAUAAGUUUAUUGCCGUCCGCGUCGGUGAAAUCUUAUCAAGCACAGAUCAAAUAGAGUGGAGAUGGAUCCCCACGAAGCUUAACAUCGCCGAUCAAGCAACAAAGUGGAAUAGUGGACCACGGCUUUCGACAGAGAAUCCUUGGUUUCGAGGACCGAAUUUUCUGUACGAAGAAGAAGGCUCAUGGCCAAUACAGCGUUCAGUUGCUCCGACUACAGAAGAGCUCCGCUCAGAUGCCAUCAUUUUGUGCCACCACACACCGCGGUUGGAUAUCCCAAUCGAUGUAUCCCGGUUCAAUUCGUGUACUAGGAUUCAACGAACGGUAGCAUUCGUGUUCCGCUACGUGGAUAACUGUCGUCGAAGGAAAAGACACGAGAGUCUGCAACUGGGAGUUCUCACUCAGGACGAACUGAAGCGAGCUGAAGAACUACUGUGGAAGGUCGCUCAAAAGGAGGUAUUCGCGGAAGAACUGUCAAUUCUCGCUAAGCCACAGGGACCUCCAGAGAAACGACACUGUACAGUGUCCAGAUCCAGUUCUAUUUACAAGACAUGGCCAUUCAUGGACGAUCGUGGGAUCUUGAGGAUGCUCGGCAGAAUCGUCGUGAACGAGAUCCGUCAACGAUUUGAGAUUCCGAAGCUUAGAUCGAUAGUGGAGAAGAUUGCAAAGAAUUGUGUUCCGUGUCGUAUCUUCAAAGCUGCUCCGAAUCCUCCACCAAUGGCUUCUCUACCAGCGGUGCGUCUUACAUCCUUCGUCCGUCCUUUUUCAUUCGUUGGGCUCGAUUACUUCGGACCGGUUUUCGUAAUAGUUGGUCGAAGUCUCGCGGAACGGUGGAUUGCACUGUUCACAUGCCUGGCAGUUAGAGCAGUGCACAUGGAAGUGGUGCAUUCUCUCAGUACGGUAUCCUGUAUCAUGGACGUUCGUCGUUUUGUAGCUCGCCGGGUCCCCCACGAGAAUUCUACUCGGACAACGGGACAUGUUUUCAGGGAGCCAGCAAGGAGCUCAAGGAAGAAAUUGAAAAACGAAAUGACGCCCUCGCAUCAACAUUCACGAGCGCCGAAACAAGCUGGAUAUUCAUCCCUCCUGCUGCCCCCAUAUGGGGGUGUUUGGGAGAGAUUAGUGCGGUCAGUCAAGGUGGCAACAGGGGCUGUACUGGAUGCGACCCGCAAACCCGAUGAUGAAACCUUGGAGACAGUCAUCCUAGAAGCUGAGGCUAUGAUCAAUAGUAGACCGCUCACCUUCGUGCCACUGGAGACAGCUGAUCAGGAGGCUUGGACUCCUAACCACUUUUUGCUGGGCGGUUCUACUGGAGUGAAAAUUCACCCUACGGCUCCCGUGGACAGUCGCACUGUAUUGAGGAGUAGCUGGAAGCUACCGCAAUUCAUCACUGAAGGAUUUUGGCGGCGUUGGCUCAAGGAGUACUUGCCUGUAAUCACCCGCAGGUGUAAAUGGUUUGAAGAAGUGAAAAAGUGA